AUGUCUAUUUCUGUUCAUCGUAUGGAAAUCAUUGGUUGUCAAUUAGGAAAGAGUAUAGGUGAAUUAUUUGGUCCAUUCGGGCCAUUAACUAUUCGAUUAGGAAUAAAUAAUUUAAACCCAAUAUAUUAUGAUGCUCUCAGGAGCGUAGGGAUAGCGGGUAUCCAAUUGAAAAAAAGGGGAAAACCUUCUUCAUCUUAUUAUUUUAUCGGAACACAAGCCGAUGAAUUAUUCUAUCUUGAUCCACAUAAUUCACGUCCUGCCAUAGAAUUGAAAUCUAAUGAACAAGUUAUCGAAUAA